AUGGCGAAGACAAUACAGAUAUUCUUGCCUCUUGUGUAUUUUGUGAUAAAUGCUCAGGGAGAUUACCUUGAUGCUAUCGCUGGAUUGAGGCAUUUAUCUCAGCCUCAUGCAGACCAAAGGAAUGAGGACUUCAACAGCGCUUUUAAGGACUGGUUCCAUCACUUCGACUCGUUUCCUACUAGUGUCAAUGGAAGAAGACCAUACGUAGGUUUUGAUGCGUAUUUUAAUAGAGACCCGUAUUAUUCAAGUGGCGGGUGGGAUCAAAUGCCACAAAUUAACAAUGUGUUUAACAUUCCAAGCGGUACCCAUAAUUCUCAUUCACACCCAGGACACAAAGAAAGUAAACCAGAACAAACACCAAAACCAGAACAUGUCGAUGAUGUUUUAAAUGUUCAAGAACCAACAAUGAAGCCCGAUGAAAUACUGCCCACCGACAAGCCCAUAGAUCAAGAUCCAAUAAACAAAAUAGAAGAAGUAAUUAAGGCUGACAUUAAAAAUCAAUCUGAAAUUUUACCUCCUCCAAAAACCAACAAAAUCAAUGAAAAUGACGACAUGAGUGAUAAAGAUGAUAAAUCGGUGGAAUUAAACGAAAAAAAAGAUUAUUUGCUGGUUGGCCAAGGUAACAACGGAAAGGACGUAUAUCUUUUACAUGAAAACCCAGCACCAGUAGCGCUACCUAAUAAUAACCAACCUGCCAACAAUGUUAUGUAUGUGCAAAGUCCUGGACCAGCAUCUACCAAUCAAGUCUAUCAAAUCCUAAAUGGGCCGACACCUGUGGCGAAUCUUCAACUAUCUCCUGAUAAAUUGGGAGUGAACAAUGAUGUUCCUAACUCAAUACCUCCUACUACCAACGUAAGUCCCGCUUCUCAAUUAAAUAAUGUUGUUAGCGUUUACUCUAAUGGCCAGAUUAUACAAAUACCAGGCGUUGUAGUCGUACCAAAUAAUCUUCCAGUAGAUGUUGGAAAUCAGCCACAGCGACCAAAUUACGUAGUUGCUAAUGUUCCAAAUAACAAUGUUCAGUCUUCAAACCAAAAUCCUGGUCAAAAUAUAUAUUAUGCUGCUGUCCCAAAUCAAGGGUCAAACAAUCCAAUAUAUUAUCUUCAAGUGCCCAAUCAAGGAGUGAAUAAUGCUGGAAACGUUAUGUUGAACAAUGGUUUACCCGGGAAUAUAGUGGCUUACCAGGUUAGUCCAAAUGUUGUCACGCAGCCAGCUGUAUCAAAUGGCUAUGUACAGUCGAACAUCCCAAAUAAUCAGGGGAUGAUCGCUGUUACUAUUCCAAACCAAGGUAUUGUACUUGACAAUGCAAAUAACCAAUACCAGCUAGUUGUAGUGCCACAAGGCACUCCUUCAAACGUGUACAAUCAACCAAACCAACCUAAUCAAGGCCUAAAUCCGGUUGUGAUGCUAAACGGGCAAAGUCUGCCGGUGCAGACAGUUCAAGUACAGAAUGGUAAUAACGGAAAUACUUACAAUCAGCCGAUGCUAAAAAGUGAAAGACAAGAGGUCACUCCAUCGAACCAAGGAUAUAUAAAUAAUCAAAAUUUAGGAAUACAGCCUGCAGUUUUGAUGCCAAGCAAUGGCGGGUACUACCAACCUCCGAUUACAAACCAAAUGCAAGUACAAAAUGUUCCCAGUCAGGGAAUUGAAACACCAACAAGUGGAGGAAGUUACAUUCAGCCAGCAGUGUUAUAUGAUGUAUCCAACAAUCAAAAUGUGCCCCCACAACCCAUAGUUUCAGUGAAUGAUGCUCAGGUUCCAAUCCAAGGGAACCAAGUGACUAAUUCGAUUCCAAAUAUUCCACCAGUAAACACAGCUGAUGUUGUUGCACCGCCAGAGGAGAACGCACCACUGGCAAUAGCAACAUCUCCACUUAUCUUAGAUGGAGGCAAUAUGGAGUCUUUGGGUGUCCAACCAGCGGUUAUGCUUACCGGUUUCAAAGAUAGUGAAGAUGGAAAGAACGAAAAAAAGACGAAAGAAGAUAGGAAAGAUAAAAAAGACAAGAAAGAUAAGAAGGAAGGCAAGGAAGGAAAAGAAAGAAAGGAAAGGAAAGAAAAAAGUAAAAAGAAAAGUAAGAAAGACAAAGAUGAAAAGUCAGGGGAAGUAUUCACAAACUAG